AUGUCAACCACUACCGUAUUCUCAGCCGCGACAUCCGUAACACCCUUCCUUGAAACAGUCUCACCGACGCCUGCCGUAACUACGACCCCCAAUCCAGGCGGCGUCAACAAUGGAGGCAUGCAGAAAGGAGCUAACUAUUUCUUCGGCUUCCUCAUCGCAUUCAUCGCGCUCCUCCUCGUAUUCGUGGGCUGCGGGGUCGGCACCCGUCGUCGAUUUAUGAUGCGAAGGGGUGUGAUGGGUGAUUGGGCUGGGCCAGCCUCGCCAUACAAUGAAUCGGCGCCGCAGAAGGAACCGCUGUUCGUUGAGUCGUGGCUGGAAAAGGGGGGAGAUAGAUGGAAGAAUAUGACACCGCUAUCGACGACAGCCAUCCGACCCCGGCCCAAAACACCUGAACCUUCGAUAACUCCAUUGCCAGUGACCACCUUGUCGAGCUUCCGACAGCUAAUCCCGCACCCCCACUUCCCUUUCCGAAGACAUCUUCCCCCGUCGACAGUAGUCAAACAAGAAAACUCGGAGACUACUCCUUCCCCUGAAUCACUUGCCGUAACGGUCAUGAUAGCGAUGCCAACUCAAAAAUCGGAUGUUGAACACCAACAUCAGGAAGACGAACCCUUACCGGAGUACAGCUUUGGUGUCGCGCAGGUCGAUUGGCGGGGCAAGCAUUGGAUAUCUUCAUGA